CUCCUUUCUCGAGCUGAGGACAGGCCGAGACACGGGGGACAAGGGUUCGCCUUCCUCCCCGAAACGGGGUCCGCGACCACCACGCUGCCGCUGCCCCUCGGUGUCUGCAGGCGGCUCGGAGGUCUCGGGGCCUUCUCCCCACCCGGCAAAACGAAACCACCCCCGCUCCGGCGCCGGGGCAGCACGGGGCGGCACCGACCGGGCGAGAGCCCAGCGCCCCUGAGGCGACGGGGCGGGGGGGGGGCGGAGGCCCUGCGGGAUCCCCGCCCCGGGGGCCGCCCCGGGCGGUGUCGGCGUUGCGUUGGUAGCCGGGGUUUGAGCCCCGGGGAGGUGCAAGCGGAGAGCGACGGAGCGGGGAAGGCAUGAGGUGUGGUCCUGGACAGCAGCCACCAAGCAAUCCUUGUGUCUCAUGUGGCAAACAGUGAAAGUGCAGCUAAUGCUAAGCAUGUCUUUCCUCGUUGCUGUUGUUUGGUAUUGCAGAAGGCUAUACAGCUUCUUAGCACAACUACUGAAAAGGUGGAGCAUCUACCUUCAGAGAAAACUCAUAAGGAACCUCAGUGUGCUGACAGAAGUUGAUCUACUUGGUUACAGUGCGAGAGAAUGGAAAGGAGAAACAAAGCAGGCCAAACACAUGAGGGAGGCAUAUGAAGAACUGUUUUGGAGCUAUCAUAUCAAAUAUCUGCGACAAGUCAGGAGGGACAACUAUUGUGUACUAAGAGCAGUGCUUUUUCAGAUAUUCAGCCAAGGCAUUCCUUUUCCAUCGUGGAUGAAGGAGAGAGAUAUAUUAAAGCUCCCUGAAAAACUUUUGUAUUCUCAAGGUUGCAACUGGAUUCAGCAAUACAGUUUUGGGCCAGAAAGAUACACAGGUCCCAAUGUCUUUGGUAAAUUGCGCAAAUGUAUGGAGACGUUAAAGACCAAUUGGACUGAAAUAAGUGCUACUAAAAAUAAUGAAGAAAGAGCAAACAUGUGUAAUACACUCUUUUCUGAUGAGAGCAAGGAGCACAAACUGUAUGAGGCCAUAAAAUUCAUCAUGCUCUACGAAGUUGUUGAAGCCUAUGAGCAGAUAAAGAACAGGGAAGAACCUGUGCACAACCUUUUUAGCCUUCUCCUGGCUCGUGAUUCUUCGUCUGACCCUUUGAGUUUCAUGAUGAAUCAUCUGAACUCCAUAGGUGACUCUAUUUGCCUAGACCAGGUUGAACUGUUUCUUCUUGGAUACUUACUUGAAGUAAAGAUAAGAGUUUACAGACUGCAUAGGUUUAAUACUGAGGAAUUUCAAGUAAACUAUCCAGAUGAAUACCGAAGGGAAUGGAAUGAGAUUUCUCUCCUGACCGAGGACGACCGCUACUAUCACAUCCCCCUUUUCAGAAUGUGAAAGACCAAUGACUUUUUUUUUUUCCUUUGUAUAAUAUAGUGAGUGACCAGUUCCAGUGAAUUAGGUUUCUAAUUGGCAGCAAUAAGAUUUUGAGAAUGCUCGUUAAUGAUUACAAAAUGAUUUAUGGGUUUAUUGUAUAAAUGUUUUGCUUUCCCAUUGCAGCUCAAUUCAUCACCAGUCAGCCAUAAAAAAACAUAAAAUAUUUUGUUAUACCAUCUGGGGGAAAAACAUCAUAUUUGAGGGUUGUCAGACAAAAAAGAUUGGACUGCAUGACAAACAAGGCAGAGGUAAUCCUGCAUUUUCCAUUGUUAGUCUAAGGGUUUACUCUGACACCUCUGGAUGGGUUGAACUCAAGUUCCUAAAGCAAUUACUGCCUUUCCCUCGUCUGUCUCUAGCUAGGGAGGAUGAAUCACAGAGGAAGAAACUCCCGGGGUCCCACAGUUUAUACUCCAGGCUAUUAAACUUGCAUUGGCUUGGGGCUACCUAGGAUGGGAAGAUGUAAACUCUGAGUAGCUGCUUCAAAUCACACGUGGCUUCCCCCGUGGCUGGGACGGCUCCUCCAGGGGUGGGCAGAGCGAGCAGCCACGGGCUGUACUUACCUCCGACAUGUGAAAUUAAGCUGUCUGCACUCAGUGCUGGUAUCUGAAGGUAAAGAAGUGUUAAACGGCGGGGGGGGAACCCCAGCGCGCGCGCACACACACACACACAAAAGAAUACGGUGCCAGAUGAAUGGAAGAACUACUUUACAACUGAGGAAAGUACACGAGCUUUCCCAAACCUAAGAAGGGCAAUAUUAAUUAAUAAGUAACAUGCAAUAGAGUUCAACCCAGUAGCUGUCAAUGGUUUUUGUCAACUUGUAAAUCCUUUAAGGGCUGAUUUCAACGUUACCUGCCAAGAAAUAUCAAGAUUUGCUUUGCAAUUCAUUUGAGAAAGCUGUGUACAGAAUACAUUCACAAACACUGCCCUUUCAGAAAAUACUAAUUUUCUAUACAUUAUAUGCAUUUAGCAGUGUCUGUACAUGUUAUAUCCUCUGUGUAUAUAUUAAAAUCUUUACGUAAGAUUGCUAUCAUUAGUUUAGACUUCAAUGUUUGAAGAAGUCUGUCCGGGACAACUAAAUGAGAUUUACUUUGUUAUGUGAAACAUUUUGCCCCGUUCUGUUUUCUAAAAGAAUCAAUUGUGGUUUGAUUCUUUCUAAAAUGAAGGGCCUAAAUUUGAACAAAUAUUAAAAUGAUAUAGCAGAUCUUGAAAAAUAUUUGUGAAAAGCUUACAAUCCCAUAAGCAUGUGGUUGUAUUGAAAAAAAGUAGGGUUUUAUUAUGAAGCAAAGCCUUGCCUUUCCUUACACUAGAGCUAUGGGGACAGGCAGGUUUGGUUUUAACUCCUGCAGGAGAAAAUACAAGCCGGUAACAAAAAUGUGAACAGAGCCUGCAGUAGCUAAAGCAGUUGCAUGAGGUAACUAAAUGGUAAAGCUUAGAGUGCAUGGAGACUGCUCGGUUCCUUUGUGUAAAGGAAAGCAAUUUUAUCCCUUACAGUCCUUUUAUUUGUAUGUAUAUGUAUAUAUAUAUUUAUAAACACAAACACCUGAGUUCUGUAUUAUAUCAGUUUUGUUUCCUGAAAGUUUUUCUGAGUUCAGCUUUGUUCAGUAAUUUGUAGCUUUUAAUUAAGAAGGCUUGAUACCUAUAAUAAUUUCAUCUCAUCAAAACCUGCAUAUCAAAUACUUUAUUUAUUAAAAGAAACUUUUUUCACUGAAAUAAUUUGCCUACUUUAGAUUUGGUUCUGCUCUGCAUGGGGAAAUGUUAUAAUGCCUGAGAGUGGGGUUUUGCUGUCUAUUUUGCAUCAACAGCUAAUAUUUACAGCUAUCAAUAAACUUGCCUAUAUUUUAUUCUUGUUUUGGUACAAGCAGACAUACCAAAAAAAGGAUGUAUUUUCAUAGGGUGCUUUUUAAUGGUUUGCAUAUUAUUUAUGAAUAGGAAUACAAAAGCAUUGCAGCUGAAAGUGUUAAAUUGUCAAAAUGUACAUUUUUGUAAUCUCGAGCACAUUAAUAGAAGGGCGUUAAUAAAGAUCUAACACAGACAGUGGAA